CGUUUGAAGGGAUUGUCUCUAUGGCCAACCCCGAUCAAUAUACUAGCCUAUCUGGGUUUCUCAGCAACCAAACACGACGCUUAUACGUGCAAGAUUUACUUGCCAAGCAAAAGUAGAAUUGGGAACUUGGGAACAAUGCAAAAAACGAUACAAAUUUUUCCUAUAUCCUGCAGAUUAGAAAAUACAGCAAAAUGAAUUUUUCGACAACCGAAACAAGGUGGAUGAAGUUUGGAAAAUUUCACGACUUCGCCUUUGUUGGGAAGGAAACAGUCGCAACGGCUUCCGGCAUUUACGUGAGCUUCCUGGAUCUGAAUACGAGAGAGAGACGGAUCGAGCGGUUCGACAACAAAGAAAGGGGCGACGGUGCGUCGUGUUUAGCUGGACAUCCGACAGUUUCCAUGUUUUCCGUAGUCGAGAGAAAGCCUAAUCCUAAAAUAUCAAUAUUCAUGUAUCCGACAAUACAAAGGAUCUCCAGGUGCGUCCUGCCGGACAGAAUCAAUGGCUAUUUAUCUUGCUCUUUUGUUGGCAUGGAGUAUCUCGUAAGUCUAACUAGCUUCCCCGAUUUUCGACUAAUCGUGUGGCUCUGGAGAACCGGCAAACACGUCGCCAUGCUUAACACAAAGAUAGACAACCUUGUUCAGGAAAUUUUCUGUUCGCCGAAUCCUCCACAUUUGAUAGCGCAAUUCGGAGCUGACGAUAAUACACUCUCGGUCUAUCAAGUGCGCACGUGCUCGAAAAUUGUAAGUAUACAUCGCGUGAACGCGCCUGUUCCGGGACACAAAAUUGUGUCUUCAUCCUGGACGCAGGAGGGAAAUCUAUUUGUCUCGGACGAAUUGGGGAAUGUAUGGCUCGUGGCGAUUGAAGCUAACAAGUUGUACUCGGUGAUAAAAUCGAAAAUACUCGAUCGUCCAAAAAAUAAACCGAUUGUCGUCAGUCAUAAAAAUGGCGUAAUAGUCGUGAAUACCAAUAGUGAAAUUACGUUUUACAAAAAAUCGGCAGCGGAUUGGAACGUGACGUGGAAAUUGAUGUGGUCGGUUUCGACUUUCUAUUCUAUACAAGUUGGAAGACAACACUGUUCCAAAGAUGGGAUUAUGCUUCACUCCAAGAGCGGAGAAAUUUUUGAGAUCUGUACGCGACACGACAACGUUCCUCAGAUAGAAGUUAUUUAUACGGACGAAAUUGAAUACAAAGCACUAUUUUCUAUAUCUCAGUGCACAGAUCACGUCGCAGCGGUAGACCGGUUAGAUCGUCUUUGCAUUUUCGAAUUAUCGACCGGUACACUGACCGCGAGAUUAUCCCUGAAGCACCACGGUGAAGUUCUUCAGGGAGAUACACAUCCUACUUUACCAAUACUUGCAUCCUGCAGCGCUGCUGGCAAUUGCAUUCUUAUCGAUGUGACGAAAACUUCAUUGCUUAAAAUUUUGAACUGCUUUCAUCUUUAUGGAAAUUAUGUGGAUAAAAUCAAAUUCUCAUGUCACGGUGAACUUUUGGGAAUUGGUAAUUCUCAAACUGGCAUGAUAUUUCUUGUUGGCAAACGACUUAAACAGCAGCGCGUGGAUGUUCUAGGCUCUAUAGAAAUUGCUGGAUUUAUCGCUGAUUUCUUUAUAUACGAAGGUAAAGAAGAUCGUUUUGAGAUCUUAGUUCUAGCAGCGACUGAUCCUUCUAUAGCUUCGAUCGGCGGCAACAAAGUGAUCGUGUACACUUGCGAGAUUUCGAUCGAUUUCUGCACGCGUGCCGUGUGCGUGAUAGACUUAUCAAGACCUUUCAAGACGCUCUAUAGCGGAUGUAAGCCACUGAGCAUGUUAGGUGUACCCGCUUUGUCUAAACAAUUGCAUCAAAUGGAAAUACAGAAUAAUUUUCAGGAUAUUGUCCUCACGGACGCACUGUUCUCCAUGCAUCAGUUGAGGAACAUCGGGAUGUACGUAACCGAUGCUCGAGUCAUAACAUAUGGAUACGAUGGCUUGAUCAUAGUCAGAGAUAGCACGGCACUUGGCAAAGUGAUCGCUAUUUUUAUGCCGCACCAUCGCAGUCAGGGAGGUGUAACACGCGCGAUUACUUCGCGUUUCGGGGAAACGAUCGUUUCUCUCGGUAGAAAUGGUGAUCUCGUCGCCAAUCGAAUUCGCCUACCGGAGGCAAAAGCAAAUUUAGCAGAAAUCGAAACUGCGAGUGUGCAUUUAGCGAUCGAGGAUUUCACUACUGAUCCAAACGAGCGGUACGAUCGAGAAAAGGAAACCUGGCUGGAUAGUGUAAUCGCUGCUAAACUGAAAGCCGAGCGCGACGAGGCUCUACCUCGACGGGCUGGUAUCGUAGCCGAUCUUGAGAAGAUUAAAACGCAAAUACGCGAGCUGCUCGAUAUAAAUGAAGGCAAAACACCGGACGCCCGUUUGCCGAUCUCGGCUUUCGAUUUGAAUCACGAGUACCGACAGCGAAGAAUAGAGGAGGCUAGACUUGAACGAGACACAUUGUAUCGAAACCUCGAAGAGGAUUGCGCUCAACGGGAUCAGGUGGCGGAGAGUCUGCGUGAAAUAUUCUGGGAACUGUUGGAAGUUAAACCAUGCGCUCUUACAACAAUUGGUGGCGAUGCAAUCGUUCGAAAUCAUCCCCUUGUCGCAUCGACUCGAAAGAUGGACGACUUUAAAGUAUGGGAUAAACUUUCUUCGGACGCUGACGAAUUUUUGUACAGUUACGAGGUGUAUGACGGAUCACUAGGUAAAGACGAUUCAAGACAGGGAUUUACGGUAAUUCCCGACAAGGAAUCUUCAACGGCUAGCAACGUCGGAAGCAAAACGUAUCGAAUGGCUAAAAAAUGGUGCACGCUUGCCGACGAAGAGGAAAAAUUAUGUGUAUCGGGUGUCACGACCCAUAAAUGGAUUGAGGACGAAAGUAUAGCUUCAACGCAUCAGCUAUUGAUUCCGCAUGACAGCGAUCUCGAAGCUAUCCUGCGCAAGGAUAUUAUCAUCGAAAAUCGAGAGCGUAAAUUAAAGAUGCAUUUCAAUGAUCUCUUUGAGGAAAUGAAACGUGCGAAGGAAUGUGUAUUAAAAUGUGCAGAGGAGCGCAUCAGCAGACUUCGAUAUUGCGCGUCUCAAUUGAAGAUGAUGUUCGGUAUAGACUCCGUUUUGGAGCCAAUCGAGACCCCGUCCUGGAAUGUCGAAGAAAUACCUGACUACAUAGUUACCGUAAAAGAUCACGAAAUAUUUGAAAGACAGCCACGGCAAGGGGAAUUGAAUGUAAUUGACGAGGAUCGAGAAGAUGAAAAUAAACAUGCAAAAGCCGGUGAUUUUUACAAAGUAGCUCUUGAGAAAAUGAUGGACGGUGUAUUGGAACCUACAUGGGAAGAUGAAGUGAAGAAGGAAAUACCUGUGCCCGACUGCCUAAUUGCAAAGAAUCCUUCAAAGUACACCGACGAGGAUAUCGCAGCUAUUACGUUGUACAGGUCUAAAGUGGAAGCGCUGCAAAGGGAAAGAGAAAAGUAUAAAGCGACAUUGCAGGCUGAUAUUAUAGAAACGAAAGACGCCUUGGAAAGAGACAACGCCGCUUUCAACGACAAGUUAAAAGAUCUAGAAUUGAGAAAGAUGCAAAUUGAAUGCGCGAUUCUUCAGGAGAGACUGGCAAGAAUACGAGCGAUCCGAAGGCAUCGGAUCAUGGUCGAUGGCAGGCAAGAAAUCGCUCGUCUCGCCGACGAGCUGGCACUGGCGACGCGAGGGGCACACGGGCUCGCCGAGGAGUGCAACUCGUUGGAGGUGGUCGUAUCGGAGCUGAAAAUCCGAUACGACAGCCUCUGCAAGGCGGAGAAACGCCAGGAGGCCAAGUUCCGCGGCGAAUUCGCGGAGUUGAAGCAGUCGGUAGUGGAACACUUGCUCAGGCACUACAAGAAGCGGCCCAGGGCCGGUCGGCUGACCACCACGUCCGUCACGUAUUUGACGGAGGUGGCGAGUUGCGUCGCGGGCAACGAGAAGUCGGACGUCUUACCGCGCGAAUGCCUGGACUUCCUCAAAGGCAUGGACGCCCUGGACUCGAAGCCCCGAAAUUUACCGUCGCAAAUUAAUACCAGUUAUUGGCAGACAAUGUGCAGAUUAAGGAGAACGAAGAUCGAGACGGAAAUAAAGGUGAAAUGCUGCGCGGUGGAAAUAGCUGAGGCGGAAGAGACGCUGUCGUUUUAUCAGAAGGCGAUGCAGUCGGCUGAUAACGCCGUGGUGUGCAAGAAGGUCAGCUUGGAUGACAUGGAGAGAUCCUUGAUGCAGCUAGCGCAGGAAAUGGAGGUACAACUCGUCUUGAAAAUGGGCCAAAUUGAGGUGCCACUGCGAGGUUGUCCCUCAGACUACGCGAACGCCGUUCUCGUGACACGAGAGGAGCUUUUACGGGUCAACGACUGUAUCGUCGAAACCGGGAAACGCAAGCUGGCAGCGAUGCAUAAAUCCAUGCACUUGCGGAAGGUUGUGUCGCAACACGAAUGGCAACAUGCUUGCGCGAAAAUGCUAUUGGAGGAUCUGCAGCGGGAUUUAAAAGAUAUCCGAGAGUUCAAGAUCACGAGAAACGUGCUGGAAUUUUUGAGCAGUUAUCCCUGCAGCGUAAAUUUAGAAAGAGAUUACGAAAAGAUGCAAGCCAACUUGCGAGUAUUUCGUAACAAAUUUUACAAAUUGUUGGAACUGGAACAGACGCGACUGAGAGAAGCGAAGCGACUGAUGGCCAAGUGGAAGAAGAAGAACGGCAAGGUGUCACAAGAGAUCAAGAUGAAGUCGUCAGAUGUCGACGACCGUCGUCGCAGAUUGCUUGAUGACCCGCAUCGCAAGAGGGAUGAGGAGUCUCGAAGGAUGAGACUCGCGGCAAUCGCGAGGCGUACCAGGCUCGUUAUGAAAGCAGAGGACAAUUAUGAGCAGCUGCUAAUCUUGCACGCUCACCUCGAGGUCUUGAAGUUGCGAACGUAUCCGACCUUGCAGUUUAAAACCGCAUAAGACUCGUGUGUCGAGGAAAAAGAUCCCGCGCGAGCGCCGAGACCGUCAGCGGCAACGUCGACUGCAGUUUCUCGACAAUAAUUUAUGAAAACUACCUUUUUUUCUGCUGAAUAAUAAAAUUGUUUUAUUUAUGCAUUCGUGGGGAAGUGCAUAAACACAGGGUAUACCGGGUGCUGAGUAUAUCGGGUGCGUCCUUAAUAAGCUGGACCGCUGAAUUGCAGAUUUAUGUAGAUUCACGUGUAAUAUGUAUGGUAAUACAUGGCGAUAGUUUCAUAUUACGUUUGUCAUCGAUACUUAUUAUUUCGAUCUCGAUCUCGCGAAAAGUCAUAUAUAUGCAUGCAAUAAAGGAAAAAUAUUGAUUCCAAGAAACGAAUGAGGAAAGUCAUAUUGCUGCGUCUCGAUAUUUCUUAGUAAAAGUGGAAGAAGGUAAACGCUAAAUUUAAAAAUACCAAACUUUAUUUGAAAAUCGCAGAGGAGCAUUAAACUGCCAUAAUUAAUUGAAAACGAUAUAAUCGAUAGAACAAUCUUCCCGAUAUCAAGAUCUCUCUC